AUACUCCCUCUCUCCUCCUCUGUCUCUCUGCUGAGUCUUUCUCUACCAACAGAGAAGAAACAAAGAAGAAAAAGGAAGAACACUACUAGUAGAAAUAUAUAUUAUAGAAAGAAAAUAAAGAAUAACUGAAAAAAAUAAAAUAAAUCAAUUAUAGUAAUAACUAAGAUUACCAAGUACCAAGUUAAACACCCUACAAUUCAUUUGAGCAUUUGAAAACAUAUCUAUCUAAUCCACCCAGAAUAAGAAGACAAGAGAGAAGAGAUUUGAUAUUUUUUUUAGGGUUUUCUUCAAUCUGAGAGUGUGGGUUUGGACUACAUUUUGUAGAAUGUUAGGUUCUUCUUGGACCGAUCUAGGGAUUCAUAGAGACUCACCUGUAAUUGCUGGUGUAGAGAUUGUUCCAUAAAUUUAUAGAAUAUGCUCGUAAAGGAGGAGGAACUUGUUCAAUUACUACUGGGUUGUAUUGUUAUUCCAGCUUUAUUAGGUCAUCAAAAUCUAAGCUUAUGGUUAGAUACAAGGCUUCAUCACUUCAUAAUGAGGCCUAAAUUUCAAACUCUGGAAUUUCAUAGUCCUAUCUUCAAUUCGUUGAUUCAAUAUUGAUUCAGAUGGAGGGUUUCUUCAAUUUUCUCAUCUAAUUAUCUUAAAGAUAUCUCCUUUUUCUAUUUCAUUUUUGCUGGAAAAGCAUUCACUUUUCCCUGAAUUUGUAUAUCCUCCUUCUUGGGUUCCUGGUUUGUGUAUUUGUGGAUAAUCUGAAAGAUGGUUCCUUCGGGACCUCCGAUUCCAGUUGGUGGUGCCCAGUCGAUGCAGCCUUCUCUUUUGAGAUCAAACUCUAACAUUGUUUUGGGAUCAACUCCACAAGGGCAUGGGGGUUUAGUUUCUUCACAGUCCUCUUCAUUUCCUUCACUUGUUUCUCCUAGGGGAAUGUAUAACGAUAUCAACAUGCUUGGAAACAUGCCAAAUGUUUCUUCCCUCCUCAAUCAGUCAUUUGCAAAUGGUGGGUCCAAUUCAGGCCUUUCUGGUUCUGGUAGUCUUCAACGUGGAACAAUCCUUGAUAAUGGGGUCGAGUCUGAUCCACUUCCGAAUAUAGGUAAUGGCAUGGGGGUUUAUAAUACUCCAUCUGUGUCAUUUCCGUCCCCAAACAUGCCAAACCCUAGUACUUCUGGUCAAUCUCAAGGCCAGCGCUUUCCUAGUCCCUCUGGCAACCAGCUUGCGCAAGAUCAGCAGCAAGCUUCUCAGUUAGAGCCUCAGAAUUUCCAGCAGGUUCAGCAGGCUAUGCAACAGUAUUCUGUACCCCACUCUCAGCAGCAGCAACAGCAACAACAACAGCAGCAACAACAUUAUCAGCCAAUUCGGGCUGGGUUAGGCACUCCUGGCCCUGUUAAAUUGGAGCCCCAGAUGAGCAAUGAUCGAAAUGGGCAACAUCAACAGCUGCAGUCGCUGCGUAGCUUGGGUCAGGUGAAACUAGAGCCACCACCAAUUCAGUCAUUAAGAAACUUGACAUCAGUGAAAAUGGAACCCCAACAUUCAGAUCCAUCGUUGUAUCUUCAACAGCAGCAGCAGCAACAUCAUCAGCAGCCGCAACAGCAACAGCAACAGCAGCAGCAACAACAACAACAGCAACAACAGCAGCAGCAACACCAGCAGCAGCAGCAACAGCAGCAGCAACAACAUCAGCAGCAGCAACAACAGCAGCAGCAGCAAUUCCUACACAUGUCCCGACAGUCUUCCCAGGCCGCCGCUGCGCAGAUCAAUAUUCUGCAACAGCAGCGGCUCUUGCAGAUGCAACAACAGCAGCAGCAGCAACAGCAACAGCUCUUAAAGUCGCUUCCUCAGCAGCGAUCCCAAUUGCAACCGCAGUUUCAGCAGCAAAAUUUGCCUGUCAGAGCCUCUGUAAAACCAGCCUAUGAACCAGGGAUGUGUGCUCGGCGUUUGACACACUACAUGUAUCACCAACAACACAGGCCACAAGAUAACAAUAUUGAGUUCUGGAGAAAAUUUGUGGCGGAGUACUUUGCUCCCCAUGCCAAGAAGAGAUGGUGUGUUUCCCAGUAUGGAAGUGGGCGGCAAACAACAGGUGUCUUUCCCCAGGAUGUAUGGCACUGCGAGAUAUGCAACCGCAAGCCUGGCCGUGGUUUUGAGACUACCGUUGAAGUUCUCCCACGACUUUGUAAAAUCAAGUAUGAUAGUGGAACAAUAGAAGAACUUCUGUACGUAGAUAUGCCUCGUGAAUAUCAAAAUGCAUCAGGUCAAAUUGUCCUGGAUUAUUCAAAAGCGAUCCAGGAAAGUGUUUUUGAGCACUUACGUGUAGUUCGGGAUGGUCAACUUCGAAUUGUCUUCUCUACAGAUCUUAAGAUCUGUUCCUGGGAGUUUUGUGCUCGACAACAUGAAGAGCUUAUCCCUAGAAGAUUGAUAACACCUCAGGUUAGUCAGCUGGGUGCAGCAGCGCAAAAGUACCAGACUGCUAAUCAGAAUGCAUCAUCAAAUUUAACUGCACAGGAGUUGCAAAACAAUUGUAAUAUGUUUGUUGCAUCAGCUCGUCAAUUGGCAAAGGCUUUGGAGGUUCCGUUAGUGAACGAUCUUGGUUAUACGAAGAGAUAUGUGCGGUGCCUUCAGAUAUCAGAGGUUGUUAAUAGCAUGAAAGAUCUGAUUGAUUAUAGCCGAGAAACAGGGAACGGACCCAUGGCGAGCUUGAUCAACUUUCCUAGGAGGAACCUCGCUUCAACUGGGAACUAUGGUGGUCAAAGUUCACUUCCCGAGGAGCAGCAGCAAAAUAUCGCUCAAAAUGCUAACAAUGAGACUUCAGUCCAGGCUAAUAUGCAUCCUCCUGCCUGCAAUGGUGUUACCACUGUAAAUAACUCCCAAAGCACAAACACUAUUACCAGCCCAAUACCUAGUCCCAUUGCGAACUCCAACUCCAAUGCAAACACCAGCAACAAGGCACCAUCAUCCACCACCACCUCUGCCGGCACCAAAAUUGGUCUGCUUCACCAAAACUCUAUGAAUUCCAGGCAAGAAAACCUGGUGAACAAUCCUAAUAAUCCUAAUAGUCCUUUCGGUGGGGGUGGUGGAAAUAAUGCAGCUCAGGUUCCACCUGCUGCUGCUUUAUCAAGUCCGUUAUCUCAGCUUCAUCAACCAAACCCUUCUUCUCCUUUCCUAUCAACAUCCCCACCUGCAUCUAACAAUGCCGCGCCACAACAGACAUCUUCGAGUGGCACCUUACCAGUAUCAACAACAGCAGCAGCAUCUGUGGCCGGUACCGGUGCCCUGCAAAAUAAUUCUGCAAAUUCACCUGCUGCUGCUGCUCCUUCUCCAAGUGUUUCCAUGCAGCAGUCAACUGUUCCUGAGGUUGAGCCUAAGGAGCCCCAGAGCUCCGUGCAGCAAAUCAUUCAAGAAAUGAUUAUGUCAUCCCAACUAAAUGGAGGGAAUAACAUGGUUGGUGUAGGCUCCAUUGGAAACGAAUUAAAAAGCAUAAAUGGAAUAUCAGGUAGUGCUGCUAUUAAUGGUGUGAACUGCUUAGUUGGGAACGGUAAUGGGAUUUCACCAAUCAACAGUUCUGUUAUGGGUGUUGGUGGUAUUGGUAGUGGAGUUGGAAUAUCUACAACGGCUAGUGGAAUCAGAGCAGCAGCAGCAGCUAUGGGUCAUAAUAAUUCUUUGACUUCGAAUGGGAGAGGUAUGGCUUCAAUGAUAAACCAAGACUAUCGGAACAGUAUAAGUCAGCAUCAACAACAGGAAUUGGGGAACCGAUUUAUGAGUGGCCUUGGGGGAAUGAACAACAGCAACAAUAGCAACUUCAAUAUCCUCCAAUUUGAUUGGAAACCAUCACCGUAGUAAACAAGUGAUGCCGAUUUUGGUGAUGAUCCAUAUUGUUGUUCGUGGGCGCAAUAUAAGCCUGCUUGAGAAGUUGGAUGGAGGAGGAAACAUUGGGUGAAAUGGGCAAACCGGCGCUCAAUUUCAUGCUGCUGUUAUUUUGAAAGUCUUGUUGUUACCUUAUCCCUGGUUUUUGAGAGUUUGAGAGGGCUUUCCACAUAACCACUUGUACUAAUUUGCAGAAGAAAAUAUCAGAUAGCGUUAGCUUUUACCACUGAAUGCAUAUACGAAUUUCAGUUCUCUGUUUAGAUUAAGAAAAUGAAACAGGAAAGGACUGUAUUUGAAGUGGAAGCCGCAGGCGUUUUUGGCAGAAAUAGAACAUUGAAUGAAUGAAAUGAAAAAUGACCUUUAUUAUCGGUGAA